GCUGCGUCAUGGCGCGCCUUACCCCCGGUGACCCCGGAAGUGGGUUGGGGGCUUGGCCUCUGCCCGGCCCUGGAGCCGGAGCGGGACGUGCUACCCAAGAGGGUCCUAGCCUAGUUAUUCCAUCUGGCGUUGGACCCCUGUCAGGGUCCAGAUCAGGGGUCCGAGAUGCUGAACGUCCCUUCCCAGUCUUUUCCGGCCCCCAGCUCGCAGCAGCGCGUCGCCUCCGGGGGGCGUAGCAAGGUGCCUCUAAAACAGGGCAGAAGUCUUAUGGAUUGGAUUCGACUGACCAAAAGUGGAAAGGACCUAACAGGAUUAAAAGGCAGACUAUUUGAAAUAACUGAAGAAGAACUUCAAAAACACAACAAAAAAGAUGAUUGUUGGAUAUGCAUAAGAGGGUUUGUUUAUAAUGUCAGCCCGUAUAUGGAGUAUCAUCCUGGUGGAGAAGACGAACUAAUGAGAGCAGCAGGAUCCGACGGUACUGACCUUUUUGAUCAGGUUCAUCGUUGGGUCAAUUAUGAAUCCAUGCUGAAAGAAUGCCUGGUUGGCAAAAUGGCAGUUAAACUUAUUUCUAAAGACUAUCAUGAGGAAAAGAAAGUCUUAAAUGGCAUGCUUCCCAAGAGCCAAGUGACAGAUACCCUUGCCAGAGAAGGCCCUAUUUCUCCAAGCUAUGACUGGUUCCAAACAGAGUCUUUAGUCACCAUUAUCAUAUAUACUAAACAGAAGGGUAUGAAUUUAGACUCAGUAAUAGUUGAUUACCAGUAUGAUUCCUUUAGAGCCGAAACAAUAAUCAAGGAUCAUUCGUAUCUUAUACAUAUGGAGCUAUUUCGUGAGAUUCAAGAAGAUUUUUCUGUGCGGGUUGUUGCGAAUGUGGGAAAAAUAGAGAUCGACCUAAAGAAAAAGGAGCAUACUUCUUGGAAACAUCUUGGUCGUGCCCUGGAGAAUCAUAAUUCGCUUAUUCCAAGGAAAGACACAGGUUUGUACUACAGAAAGUGCCAGUUAAUUUCCAAGCAAGAUGUUACUCAUGAUACGAAGCUUUUCUGCUUGAUGCUGCCACCAAGCUCUUACCUUCACGUGCCAAUCGGGCAACAUGUUUACCUCAAGCUAACUAUUGCAGGUACUGAAAUAGUGAAGCCAUAUACACCUGUAUCUCAUUCCUUACUCUCUGAAUUAACGGAACCAGUUCUUCCCAACAAUAAGUACAUCUACUUUCUCAUCAAAAUCUAUCCUGCUGGACUCUUCACACCAGAGCUUGAUCAUCUUCGGAUUGGAGAUUUUGUUUCCGUAAGCAGUCCUGAGGGCAAUUUUAAAAUAUCCCAGUUCCAAGAAUUAGAAGAUCUCUUUUUAUUGGCAGCUGGAACAGGCUUCACACCAAUGGUUAAAAUACUGAAUUAUGCUUUGACUAAUAUACCCAGUCUCAGGAAAGUGAAGCUGAUGUUCUUCAAUAAAACAGAGGAUGAUAUAAUUUGGAGAAGCCAAUUGGAGAACUUAGCAUUUAAAGAUAAAAGAUAUGACGUUGAAUUUGUUCUCUCAGCACCUACAUCUGAAUGGACUGGCAAACAGGGACACAUUUCACCAGCUCUUGUUUCUGAAUUUUUGAAAAGAAGUUUAGACAAAUCCAAAGUCCUCAUCUGCAUUUGUGGACCAACGCCAUUUACAGAGCAAGGAAUAAGGUGAGGAGCACUGCGAUAGAAAACAGAACCCUCGAGGCAGUGAAAUGAAGCCCUUGCUUCCGUAAGAAGCAGUUGGCCU